AUUUUUUUUCUUCUUUCUAUACGCUCUUUGCAAUUACUCCUCUUCUCUGCCACUUCUCCUUCUUCCUCUUCCCCUUUCUCUCUCCUCAAAACUCACUCUCUCUCUCUCUUCAUUCACAAAACUAUUCAUUCAAGUUCAAGUUCAAGUUCAAGUUCAUCAACCACAACAACAUUAUCAAUCUCCUCCAAAAUCCAGAUCCACCUCCCUUUCAUCGAAAAAUGGAUGAAGUGAAGAAGGAUCUGGAUUCUUAUCAGAUAUUGUGAAGUGGUGAUUUAUUUAUCAACAAAAAAAACAAAGGAAAAGAAGCUAGCUAAGAAGGGAAUUUUGAAGGUGAAGAGAAAUCAUUUAGAGAAAUUAUAAAAAAAUGUUUCAGCCGAAUAUGUACGAGUCACACCAUCAACUGCUGGACAUGGGAGCGGGUCAUAAAACUCCGGAUAGCGAGUUGGGUAAAAUGAGAGAUGAUGAGUUCGAAAGCAGUAGAUCCGCUACCGAGAAUCUCGAGGGUCUUUCGGGUGAUGAUCAGGAUCCGAAUCAGCGGCCCAAGAAGAAGCGUUACCACCGUCAUACUCAACACCAGAUUCAAGAGAUGGAGAAUUUCUUCAAGGAGUGCCCUCAUCCAGACGAUAAGCAAAGGAAGGAGUUGAGCCGUAGAUUAACGUUGGAGCCUCUACAAGUCAAGUUUUGGUUUCAAAACAAACGAACUCAAAUGAAGGCCCAACAUGAACGAUCAGAGAACCAACAACUUCGAAACGAGAAUGAAAAGCUUCGAGCUGAUAACAUAAGGUUCAAAGAAGCCCUAAGCAAUGCUACGUGUCCUAAUUGCGGAGGUCCGGCCGCCAUUGGUGAGAUGUCCUUUGAUGAACAACAAUUGAGGAUCGAGAAUGCUCGUCUAAGAGAAGAGAUUGAUAGGAUAUCAGGAAUAGCAGCAAAGUAUGUAGGAAAGCCCUUAGUGACUUACCCUCAUAUGCAAAACCAAGGUCUACACUCACGCUCUUCCCUAGACCUCGGAGUCGGAACCUUCGGGCCACAGUCGGGUAUGGUACCCGACAUGUACGGGUCCGCCGGAGAUCUCCUCCGAUCCGUAGCUCCGCCUACCGAGGCCGAUAAACCGAUGAUCAUCGAGCUCGCGGUUGCUGCAAUGGAAGAACUUAUUAGGAUGGCUCAAGCUGGUGACCCCUUGUGGAUUCCUAGCCCUGAUAACACAACUGAAAUGCUUAAUGAAGAGGAGUACUUUCGGACCUUUCCUCGUGGGAUCGGGCCUAUGCCGUUAGGGAUGAAAUCGGAAGCUUCGAGGGACUCGGCGGUUGUGAUCAUGAAUCACUUGAACUUGGUUGAAAUUCUCAUGGAUGUGAAUCAAUGGUCAUGUGUGUUCUCUGGGAUUGUAUCAAGAUCAAUGACCCUAGAUGUUUUAUCAACUGGAGUUGCUGGAAAUUUCAAUGGCGCAUUACAAGUGAUGACAGCCGAGUUUCAAGUCCCUUCACCACUCGUUCCGACGAGAGAGAACUACUUUGUGAGGUACUGUAAGCAACACGGCGACAGUACAUGGGCCGUGGUUGAUGUCUCGUUGGAUGGUUUACGCCCUAGCCCCGUCCCGAGGUGUCGUAGAAGGCCAUCCGGUUGCCUCAUACAAGAGUUGCCUAAUGGUUACUCUAAGGUGAUGUGGGUUGAACAUGUCGAAGUGGAUGACCGAGCUGUGAGCAACUUAUAUAGGGCACUCGUAAAUUCAGGGCUAGCCUUCGGAGCUAAACGUUGGGUUUCGACUUUGGAUAGGCAAUGUGAAAGGCUUGCUAGUGUUAUGGCUAACAACAUUCCCGCCGGAGAGGGUGGUGUUAUAACAAGUCCAGAAGGGAGGAAGAGUAUGCUUAAGUUAGCAGAAAGGAUGGUGAUGAGCUUUUGUGCUGGGGUUGGAGCUUCAACAGCACAUACAUGGACUACAUUAUCAGGGAGUGGUGCUGAUGAUGUUCGAGUAAUGACUCGAAAGAGCAUGGAUGAUCCUGGUAGACCUCCUGGCAUUGUUCUUAGUGCUGCUACAUCAUUUUGGAUGCCCGUCUCUCCUAAACGAGUCUUCGAUUUCUUGCGCGAUGAGAACUCUAGGAACGAGUGGGAUAUCCUCUCAAAUGGGGGACUAGUCCAAGAGAUGGCUCACAUAGCCAACGGUCGUGAUCCAGGGAACUGUGUGUCGCUUCUAAGAGUGAAUAGUGCAAAUUCAAGCCAAAGCAACAUGCUAAUACUCCAAGAGAGCAGCACAGAUUCAACAGGCUCCUAUGUAAUCUACGCACCGGUCGAUAUCGUCGCCAUGAACGUGGUCUUAAACGGUGGUGACCCGGACUACGUAGCCCUCUUACCAUCCGGGUUCGCCAUACUACCCGACGGCCCCGUCGGUGGCGGGGGUCUAGAUGCCGGGUCGGGUGGUUCGUUGCUAACGGUUGCAUUCCAAAUCUUAGUUGAUUCAGUUCCUACAGCCAAGCUCUCCUUGGGUUCUGUUGCCACUGUUAAUAGUUUGAUUAAGUGUACUGUGGAAAGGAUUAAGGCUGCUGUAGCUUGUGAGACCGCUUGAUCAACCACCUCGAUUGGCGCGCCUCGUGCUUUUGUUCAUGUAAGCUUGAUUAGACGUUCAGGACAGGAAAACAAUAGUAAAUCAGAGAAGGGGGGGAGUGUUCGUAACGUAUGUGUUUACAACUUUUGGAUAAUUUUACGGUACCGUCAAUGGAGGAAGUCAAGAACGCACCUUUUUGUUGAUCCUUACAAUGGUGAAUGGCAAACAUGUAAUUUUCAUAAUAGAAAAAAGAAGGCCGGGAUUCGAAAGAUCGAACAACUAUAUAUCUCGAUUCGAAUCAGGAAGACUUAUCAAUGGCUACAAACCAUUACGAGGGAUCGAAUUGGGUUCGGGUAUUGACUUCGCCAAAAAAUAGUCAGUAAGCAUGCAUUUCCCUUCUAAUCUUCAUCCAUCACUUGACUAUGUUUUUGUUGCAAGUAAUUAUGGCAAAUUAAAGCCGAGUUAACUUGAGAGUAUUUUGGUAAAUUAAUUAGGAUGAUUAAUUAUCUAUAUAUCUCCCCUUCUUGGAUCUUAAGUAGCUUUAAUCGAUCCUUGAUCAUCAAGUGUAUUAUCUUAAUUUCUUGUUUGAGAUUAUAUUAAUGUAGGAAGACUUUUCUUUUUUCA